AGCCUCCCCUCCUCCGGUCAGACAUGCGAAUCAGUACGGAUAUCGGAAAAUAAGCUUGAAGCACUUAGAAAAAGUAGCCUACAACUCUCCGCCGCACACUCUGCCCGUGCAGAGCUGAAUGAAUCGCGUGUCUCACACACAGCUCUCGUUACCGGAAUGAUUCAACUACUGGAGGAUGAGAGUGAACGGACGCGGUACUUUGCAAAUGAGCGCUGCCGUUAAACGGUCCGGUUUAUUGAGGUUGCUUUCGGCUGAAUCUCCGAGCGUCACUACACAUCUACAUGUGGCGGAUUUCACAUCAACACUGCAUUUCUCUUUAAAAGGGUACAGGAGAGCAGGAACAAAAUACCUCACUAGGAACAUGGGCCAGUCUGGGACUUCAUCCUAUUUUUCUCUCGCUCUAAGACUCAGCAUCUUCCUCUUAGUUUUCUCCCAUGAGCUCACGCCAGCAACAGCAGGCAGCUCCAAAUCAAGCUUAGAUGUAGAUACUUCUAACGAAAACUCUUCGCACGAGACAUGCGGUGGUAGCUAUGAAUGCAAAGAGGGAGUGAUCUUGCCAAUUUGGACGCCGGAAAACCCAUCCUUUGGGGAUAAGUUGGCCAGAGCCACUGUGUACUUUGUCGGCUUGUUCUACAUGUUCCUGGGGGUAUCCAUCAUUGCAGACCGCUUUAUGGCUUCCAUUGAGGUCAUCACAUCCCAAGAGAAAGAGAUCACCAUUAAGAAGCCUAACGGGGAGACCACAACCACAACCGUUCGUAUUUGGAAUGAAACUGUUUCGAAUCUUACUCUCAUGGCUCUGGGUUCCUCAGCCCCAGAGAUUCUGCUUUCCGUGGUUGAAGUGUGUGGUCACAACUUUGACGCAGGCGAGCUGGGCCCAAACACCAUUGUUGGAAGCGCAGCUUUUAAUAUGUUUGUCAUCAUCGGCCUCUGUGUCUCUGUGAUACCAGAAGGAGAGCAUCGGAAGGUCAAACACCUGCGGGUGUUCUUUGUCACCGCCACUUGGAGUAUAUUUGCAUAUACAUGGCUUUAUCUGAUCUUGGCAGUGAUUUCCCCAGGUAUCGUGGAAGUCUGGGAGGGACUCCUUACUCUCUUCUUCUUUCCGAUUUGUGUCGUUUUUGCUUGGGUCGCAGACCGCAGACUUUUAUUCUACAAGUACGUGUACAAACGAUACAGAGUUGGAAAACAAAGAGGCAUGAUCAUCGAGACCGAAGGUGAGCCGGAGCUCCAGUCAAAAGCAGAUAUCGAAAUGGACGGCGGGAUGCUUAACUCUCACGGUGAGGAAUUCUUAGAUGCCAUGGUGGAUACUGAAAUUAAAGACAUUGAUGAAGAAGAGGCCAGAAGAGAAAUGGCCAGGAUCUUGAAGGAACUGAAACAGAAACAUCCGGAGAAAGAAAUGGAGCAGCUUGUGGAGCUCGCCAACUACCACGUCCUCAGCCAGCAACAGAAGAGCCGUGCGUUCUAUCGCUGCCAGGCCACUAGACUUAUGACCGGAGCUGGUAAUAUACUAAAAAAGCACGCUGCAGACCAAGCCAGAAAAGCACUGGGCAAUCACGAACUCAGAUCAGAAGUCUCCGAUCAUGAUAUAUCCUCCAAGAUCUUCUUUGACCCCGGUACAUACCAGUGUCUUGAGAACUGCGGGACUGUGGCUUUGAAUGUGGUACGACGUGGCGGCGACUUAACUAGCACUGUGUCGGUGGACUACCGCACUGAGGACGGCACUGCCAACGCAGGCUCUGAUUACCAGUUCACCGAAGGUGUUAUUGUCUUCAAACCAGGUGAGACUGAAAAGGAGAUACGAGUGGACAUCAUCGACGAUGACAUUUUUGAAGAAGACGAACACUUCCUGGUUCAUCUCAGCAACGUCAAGGUCAUUUCUGAAGGAACCGACAAUGGGAACCCAGGCGCCAAUCACGUGGACACGUUAGCUAGUCUUGGCCUUCCUUCAACGGCUACUGUUACAAUCUUUGAUGAUGACCACGCUGGCAUCUUCACUUUUGAGGAACCAAUUAUUCAUGUCAGUGAAAGCAUUGGCAUGAUGGAGGUGAAGGUGGCACGCACUUCUGGAGCCCGUGGAGUAGUGGUAAUCCCUUAUAAAACCAUUGAAGGCACAGCAAAAGGAGGAGGAGAGGACUUUGAAGAUACCCAUGGAGUCUUGGAGUUCCAGAACGAUGAGAUUUCGAAGACCAUACAAGUUAAAAUUCUUGACCAUGAGGAGUAUGACAAGCAUGCAAACUUCUUCAUAGAGCUGCAGGAGCCAGAAUGGAGGAGGAGGGGAUGGACAGCUAUGUUGCUGCAUGAAUAUGGUGGAUUCGUGAAGACAGAUAAGCAGCUUUAUGGCAGGGAUGUGUACCGGAAAGUGCAGGGUAGAGACAAACCAAUCCCCUCUACCAUUAUCAGCAUCACAGAGGACGGGGAAGAGGAGACCCUGACUAUCAAAGAGAAGGACGAGAGGCGUAUUGCUGAAAUGGGUCGCCCAACACUAGGUGAACAUGUGAAACUUGAAGUAAUCAUUGAGGAGUCCUAUGAGUUUAAGAGCACAGUCGACAAACUCAUAAAGAAAACCAACUUGGCCCUUUUGGUUGGUACUAACAGUUGGAGAGACCAGUUCGUAGAAGCCAUCACUGUCAGCUCAGGAGAAGAUGAUGAUGACGAGUGCGGGGAGGAAAAGAUGCCAUCUUGCUUCGACUACGUCAUGCACUUCUUGACGGUGUUCUGGAAGGUUCUGUUUGCGUUCGUGCCGCCCACUGAUUACUGGAAUGGCUGGGCGUGUUUCAUCGUGUCCAUCAUCAUGAUUGGCGUCCUCACUGCAUUCAUUGGAGAUCUGGCAUCCCAUUUUGGAUGCACGAUUGGCCUGAAAGACUCUGUAACAGCAGUUGUGUUUGUGGCGCUGGGAACCUCUGUGCCAGACACAUUUGCUAGUAAGGUGGCAGCCAUCCAGGAUCAGUACGCGGACGCCUCCAUCGGCAACGUGACGGGCAGCAACGCCGUGAACGUCUUUCUGGGCAUCGGAGUGGCCUGGUCCAUCGCUGCCAUAUUUCACCAGGCAAAAGGCCAGUACUUCCGAGUGGACCCCGGCACGCUGGCGUUCUCCGUCACCCUUUUCACCAUCUUUGCCUUCAUCUGUAUCGCCGUCCUCAUGUACCGCCGCCGGCCCGAGAUCGGAGGGGAACUGGGUGGCCCGCAGACUCCCAAAAUCCUAACCACAACACUGUUUUUCAGUCUCUGGCUGAUGUACAUCAUCUUCUCCUCAAUGGAGGCCUAUUGCAUCAUCAAGGGUUUCUAAGUCAGGCACGAGAUGACAGGACGCCGUCGUUUAAAUCCUCGUAACAUAGGACUGACGGGAGAAAAAGGUUCAAAGAGAAUCGCAGGUGUUUUGUGUGUUUUUGUGUCGUCCGCUGUUUUUAUGUGCGUGAGUAUACGUUUUUCUGCUGUUGAGGUAAAGAUUCUGAACAUUUUACUUCAAUUCAAUUCAAUUGAAAUGACGUAUAACAUUCAAAUGUCAUUUUUUGGCUAAAUGGGACAAAAAUGAAUGACCUUCGAGGAACAUUUUGUUCCCUCUGGUCAUGUAAUACUUCAAAGAUCCUGUCAUUUUAAAUCUCAUUUAUAUACUUGAAACAUUUUGCAGGAGAGGAAUGUUCAACAAGCAGAAAUCGUAGCGUUAAUGAACUCAAAAGAGAAAAUAGUGCUUUUUUAUUCAUCUGCGAUGAACACGUUUUGAACCUAAAAACGGGUGUUUUAAAUAACGGUGUUGCAAGAUUAAUAUUUAGUUUUUUUCAGAUUUUAGGCCAUAAAAGUGUGGAUUUGUGAGCAUUUUAAGCUUUUAUUUGGGAUUUAAACCGGUCAGUGUUUUCAAGGAACCUUAAAAACCUGGUUACGCAGGACUCUGAGGACAUUUUCAACAGCAAUAUGUUUUGUGUUUGUUAUGUUUUUUUCAUGGACUUCCAUACCUUUCUAGUGCAGGUAGCAGUAGUUUUAGAACAUACAAUCAAAUCCUAUGUCUGUCUCAGCAUUUACACAAAAAAAUGUAUGAGAAACUGUGUACAAAGCAAGUUCAGAAUCCAUUGUUUUUAUUCUUUUAAAGGGUUACUCCACCUCAAAAUGAAAAUUUUGUCAUUAAUUACUUACCCAUGUCGUUCCAAACCAGUAAAAGCUUCGUUCGUCUUCGGAACACAAAUUAAGAGUUUUUUUUUUUAUGCAUUCUGACUGCUCUCUGACCCUCCCAUAUGCAGCAAUGUUAUUAACACGAUCAACGUCCAGAAACGUAGCAAGGAGAUCGAUAAAAUAAUCCAUGUGACAUCAGGGGUUCAACCGCAAUUUUAAGAAGCUACGAAAAUACGUUUUGUAUGCAAAGUAGGGCUGGGAAUUGAUUCCAAAAAGAAUCGAUUCCUCGAUUCAGAGGCGUUGGGAAUCGAGAGUCGAUUCCAAAGGUCGGAAUCGAUUCCAUCAGGGGGAAUCGACCCCCUAUUCAGAGCCGUUUUCAGUUCAAAAAAGCAUAUAUAUGGGCGCCUCUCAAACGAACGGCUUCAUCAUACGAAGGCUGCAAAUCUGACGAUGCAGAUAAAAAAAUAAUUUAAAUACAGAAAUGUAUCAUCAUUUUUUAAAAACAAAGCUUCAUAUUAUGAUAUGGUUACUUUUUAAGACCAUUGUACCCUACGGCAGGGGUGUUUAACCCUGGUCCUGGAGAUUGACUUUCCUGCAGAGUUCAGCUCCAGCCCUAAACAAACACACCUGAACCAGCUAAAUAGGAUCUGAAGGAGCACUUGAUAAUUACAGACAGGUGUGUUUGAUUAGGGUUGGAACUAAACUCUGCAGGAAGGUCGAUCUCCAGGAACAGGGUUGGGCACCCCUGCCCUACAGUCAUGGCGAAAUUAGGUUCCUCCAACCUAAAAAAACAAGAAUUGAAAACAACAGUGAUGAAUCAAUUCUUGGAAUCGAAUCCCAUCGCUUCCAGAACCAGGAAUCGGAAUCGGACUCGAUUCCAAAAUUUUCGGAAUCGAACAGCCCUAACGCAAAGUGAAGUAAAAAUAACGGCUGUGUCCGAAAGCCUAGACAGCUGACUUGCUGCCUCGCUGCCUUAUCAGUCAAUGACUCUGCAGGCAGCGUUUUUGCACAAAGGCACCUCACGAAACUGAUUUCGGACAGGCUUCUGAGGCAGCGUAACGGUUUAGUUAUCUACAUCAAAAUAGAACGAGUUUUGAUGAUAACUAAACAGAUAUUUAGAUACUAUAAUAUUGAUUUCUCGCUAGAAAUAACAUCAAAAGUGCAAAAAGUUAGUCAGAAAUAUACAUUUACACACAAUCUGACCACCAAACGCAACUUUCAGACGCCAUAUUUAUUUUUUAGCUCAACCGUCACGGCUCAACCGAAUAGAAUGCACAGAAUUGUGGGAUAUCUAAGGCAGCGAAGGAUACAUCUAUGCUGCCUUCAAAAUUUGAUUAGAAGAAGGUACUUCCAGAGACAGGAAGUGAAGCAGAAUUUGGAUUCGGAUGUGCCUUGAUGCCUUCCUGCCUUGAAAUGCUGCCUCUGAAGGCAGCGUUUUAGAACUUUCGGACGCAGCCAAAACGACUUUAUUUAACGGUUCGUCUCCUCCGCGUCACGUGGAUACGCUGUUUUCGUUCAAAUAAAAGUGUAAACGACGUAAACAGCGUAUCCGCGUGACACAGCUGGCACAGAACAGCGUACGCUGUUUGCGUUCAAUGGAUAUGCUCCAAAAUGGUGCUGAGGUGAUGCGGAGGAGACGAAUUGUUGAAUAAAGUCGUUGUUUUUAGUUUUCUUUGUGUACAAAAAGUAUUCUCGUAGAUCCCCUGAUGACACGUGGAUUAUUUUACCGAUCUCCUUGCUACGUUUCUGGACGUUUAUCGUGUUAAUUACAUUGCUGACUAUUGGAGGGACCCAGAGCUGUCAGAAUGCAUCAAAAAUAUCUUAAAUAUCUAACGGGCUUGGAACGACAUGGGGGGAAGUAAUUAAUGACAACAUUUUAAUUUUGUGUUGGAGUAACACUUUAAUACUGCUAUAUGAAGAAUGCAUGUUAUCUCUCCUGUGUUUUUGCGACUUCUUCCCUUCAAGGAAAGACUGUAUUUUUGAAGAUUUCACAAAGAACAUCACACAUGUAUGAUAGAAAGUCAACUGUGACACUGGGAAACUGAUCUUGUUGUAUAUAGUGUUCAGUCUUCAAAUAGAAAAUUCAGGAUGUUUCACAAUUUUUAUCCAUUUGAGGACACGAGCACACUGGUUAAGGCUUUUUUCCUUUGUUUUCACUCAUUUUUGGUCAGGACGUAUCAUUGUGUACACACGGGUGAUGGCACUGUUUAUCUACUCCAGCACGAAGUCACUCAGCCCCCAGCUUCAUUUACAGUUCAUUUUACAGAUACAUUUGAAGUAGUUUUCCCUCGCUUAUUGUGCGAGUGUUCAGUACCUGUAAGUUUCAUUUUGAUUAAUGUUAUCUGUAUAAUACAAACUUUUUAUUUAUAACAUUGUUUGCUGUUUCAACCAUUGAGUUCUUUUUCUUUCUUUUUUUUGGCACACUUAUUAGAAGGGUAAUGCGGGUAAGUGUGAGGCCUCCUCUUUGAUACCACAACAAAAUAUAAGUUUUAGGUCUUGUUAUUAAAAAAAUACACGUUUUCAGAGUUCAGGCGAAGGUUUGUGUUUAUUGAUGAUAAUGUGUCGCCCUCUUGUGUCAGAAUAAUGGAAAGUCCUGAUUUUGAACUACUGUGUAAACAAACCCAAGUCUGUUCAUAAACAGGGUUGCCACA